UACUCACAUUAUUUGAUUGAAAUUCGUACUAACCCAAAUGGGCCGCUGGUAACUCCAUAAACCCUAAACAAAAUUUGAGAAACACGGCCAUCAUCAUUCUCACUCACAGAUUCACAUUUGGGUUUUUUUUUUCUUCUCUCUAAAACCCUAGCAAAAUUGUAAUCAUCGAAAAUGAAGCGUGCGUGGAGAUUCACUUCAGAAGCAGCACAAAUUUCCAGAUUCAAAGAAAUGCGUCAUCACUUGUCAAAUCCUAAAUCCAUUCCUCCCACAACCACCGCAUUCAUCAAUCGACGACAGAUGUGUACUCUGCAGCAGCCUAACUUGGUCUUAGACCUUGUUUCCUUGUUUACUGUUUCUUCUUCUUCUACUACACCCGAUAAUUAUCUCAAGAAAAAAAUUACCAAUUUGAGACGCGAAUUGGUUCGUGAAGCAUCUGAUUCUGUUAGGGUUAAAAGUAUUUUGGAUCAUAAUUCUGAACAUUUGAUUCGCUCUCACCUUAUCUUUCUUGAACUUUUGAAUCAAUUGAAUUCAAGGCCUUCGCUUGCACUUGAGGUGUUUAAUUGGAGAAGGAAGAGAAAUGUGUCUGAAUUUGAUGCUUGCAGAAAUUCAAUGAAUGCGCAUGAGUAUUCCAAGGGAAUAAAAGCUGCAGGGAGAUCUCGGAAUGUUGAUGUUGCUGUUGAGCUUUUUAAGGAGGCUGAAUACAAUGGUGUGAAGAUAACAAGCACUUAUAAUGCACUCAUGGGUGCUUUUAUGUUCAAUGAUCUUGCUGAAAGAUGUUACUCUUUGUUUAUUGACAUGAAAAAGGAUCCAACUUGUACUCCUUCGAUUGCUACAUACAAUAUUGUUAUAUCUGUUUUUGGUCGCUUGAUGCUCAUUGAUCACAUGGAAGCAACAUUCAAGGAGAUGAAUGAGUUACAGAUUUCACCUAAUAUAUUGACUUAUAAUUAUUUGAUUGGUGGAUAUAUCUCCACUUGGAUGUGGGAUGAUAUGGAAAAAGUUUUUCAAGUGUUAAAGUCAGGCCCUGUUGAGCCUAAUAAGAAAACCUACCUGUUAAUGAUUCGGGGUUAUGCACACUCAGGUAAUUUGGAGAAGAUGGAAGAGGUGUAUUCGUUGGUAAGGGAUCAUGUAAAUGAAAACGAAAUGGAACUCAUUAGGACUAUGAUAUGUGCCUAUUGUAAAAGUUCUGAUGUAGACAGAAUGAAGAAAAUAGAGGCAUUGUUAAAAUUGAUCCCUGAAGAAGAUUACAGGCCAUGGUUAAAUGUUUUGUUGAUUAAGCUUUAUGCCGAUGAAGGCUGGUUGGAGGCAAUGGAGAAAGCAAUAAAUGAGGCAUUUAAGCACGGAACCCCUGUAACGACACAGCGUAUUAUGAAAUGCAUAAUUACAACUUAUUUUCGGCACAACUCAUUGGAAAAGCUUGAAGAUUUUGUCAGACGCGCUGCAUUUGCGGGGUGGAGAGUCUGCCAGUCCUUAUAUCAUUGUAAGAUGGUCAUGUAUGGUUCACAGAAGAACCUUAAAGAAAUGCAAAAUGUCCUUCAGGAGAUGAAUAAUGUCAACAUUAAUUGCAACAAGAAAACAUUAUGGAUAAUGUACAAAGCUUACUGGAAAUGUGAUCAGAAAUACAUGGUUUUGAAAAUAUUAGGACAAAUGUUCAAGCAAGGUUAUGAAGUUCCCAAUGAUGCAUUUCUGUCAUGAUUUUUACUGCUGAGAUGCAUAUUGCAUAUAUCAGUACCGUAACUGUAAACACAUUCAGUAGAUUAACGUGAAAAUGUUCACUACAAUCUUUGGCAAAAGGUCAUGCAGCUCAUUGAAUUGAAAGCAAUUCACGACAAUCUUUGAAUAUAUUUGGUUCUUGGAUUGCAUUCAAAGCAAUUCUAUUACUAUGAUUGCACAUGGCCUUACUAUUAGAUUUUCUUUUGAAAAUGGAUUUCUACAGUGGCUUGUCACGUCAAAUAAUAUAUAGGUUUGUAGUCUUUAAACUUGGGAAUUUAAUAUAAAAGGAGUAAGUGGCUGCACACAUGGAAAUAAGUGGUGUAUAGCUUAGGGCAAAUACAGCAGCAGUUUAAAUGUUCAAUCCUGCUGCUAUUGUGGAUUGUGAAAUGUCAAUCCUUUUCUGUAGGAAAUGAAGACCACAAAGAUAUUAGUCCACAAUACCAAAUAUCAGUGUCUGUGGAGGUUAAGGAGAAUCAAGUUGAAGCUGACCUUGUCUCAGAAAUUGUUAUUGGCGGUGACAGUAAUGGUUAUUGAUGAUGACAAUAAUGAAAGCCAUAACCAGGGAAGAAAUCAGAUGAAGUCAAUUUAGCUGAGCAUUUUCAGUGUGUACAUAGGAAUCUACAGUUUUGAGGACUAAUUUUUCUGAAACGCAGCCACGAUUUAGCUGUGAGCAUUUUCAGUGUGUACAUAGGAAUCUACAGGUUUGAGGACUAAUUUUUCUGAAACGCACCCACUAAAUAUCAUUUAGUCCAAUUUGAAGUUGGAAUGAGGCAGGCGGGGUUUCACAUCAGUUCGUGGAAUAAGAGAAUUGUGGAGAAAGAGAAGAGAUGGAAGAUGCAUUUUUGGAGUGUGAAAGUGAUUGGUUUCACUAGUUCCAUACUUAAAUAAAUCAAGCAAUCAAUUCUAUGAAAGAUUUUUGCAGUCAAUUUAUAGCAUAAACGGUUUCAAUCUGUUUCACAAAUUAAAAGAUUUGAUUAUAUUAUAACAUGUCACAAGUUAUCGCUUCUCUCUAUAAA